CCGCCCUCCUCUCCGCCUCCCUUCAGUCCCCAGAGUCCCCUGGGGUCCCCGCACCCCUCCCAGCGCCCGCAGCCUUCCCUGGUCCCCGUGGUCCCCGUGGCCCCCUGGCCCGGCAUGGCGCGUGCAGAGGGGCCGGAGCGGCGGCUCCUGGCCAUCUACACGGGCGGCACCAUCGGAAUGCGGAGCCAGUGCGGCGUGCUGGUGCCCGGCCAGGGCCUGGCCGCCGUGCUGAGGACGCUGCCCAUGUUCCACGACGAGGCCCACGCCCGGGCCCGCGGCCUCCCCGAGGACACCCUGGUGCUGCCGCCAGCCAGUCCUGACCAGAGGGUCCUGUACACGGUGCUGGAGUGCCAGCCCCUCUUCGACUCCAGCGACAUGACCAUCAGCGAGUGGGUUCAGAUCGCCCAGACCAUUGAGACACACUACGCGCAGUAUGACGGCUUCGUGGUCAUCCACGGCACCGACACCAUGGCCUUCGCUGCCUCUGUGCUCGCCUUCGUGCUGGAGAACCUGCGGAAGACCGUCAUCCUCACCGGGGCCCAGGUGCCCAUCCACGCCCUGUGGAACGACGGCCGGGAGAACCUGCUGGGCGCCCUGCUCCUGGCCGGCCAGUACGUGCUCCCCGAGGUCUGCCUGUUCUUCCAGAACCAGCUGUUCCGGGGCACCCGUGUGACUAAGGUGGACACGCGCAGGUUUUCGGCCUUCUGCUCCCCCAACCUGCCACCUCUGGCUGUCAUGGGCGCUGACGUCACCAUCAACUGGGAGCUGGUGCGGAAGGUCCGAGGGAAGGACCCGCUGCUGGUGCACAGCAGCGUGGAGCGGGACGUGGGCCUGCUGCGCCUCUACCCCGGGAUCCCUGCCUCCCUGGUUCGGGCCUUCCUGCAGCCCCCCCUGAAGGGCGUGGUCAUGGAGACCUUCGGCUCGGGGAACGGGCCCACCAAGCCCGACCUGCUCUGGGAGCUUCGGGCUGCAGCCGAGCGAGGCCUCAUCAUUCUCAACUGCACGCACUGCCUGCAGGGCCCCGUGACCUCGGACUACGCUGCCGGCAUGGCCACGGCGGGCACCGGCAUCGUCUCGGGCUUCGACAUGACCUCCGAGGCGGCCCUGGCCAAGCUGUCCUAUGUGCUGGGCCAGCCCGGCCUGAGCCUGGAAGGGCGGAAGGAGCUGCUGGCUAGGGACCUUCGGGGAGAGAUGACGCUGCCCAGGACUCAGGAGCACCGGCCCUCCCUCCGCAGUGGCACUCGGGGCCUUGGGGUGACCCAGCUCCUCAGACUGAGCCAGGAGACCGAUGCUGUUCGGGAUGCCCUGACCCCGGGGCUGGCCUGUGCUGCCGCCCACGCUGGCGACACGGAGGCCCUCCAGGCCCUUGCAGAGCUGGGCAGUGACCUGAGCCUGCAGGACUUCAGUGGUCAAACUCCGUUGCAUGUGGCAGCCCGGAGGGGCCAUGCCGGUGUGGUCACCAUGCUGCUGCAGAGAGGGGUGGAUGUGAAUGCCCGCGAUGAGGACGGCCUCAGCCCACUGCUGUUGGCUGUGAGGGGCAGGCAUCUGGGUGUCGUUGGGCUCCUGCGGGCAGCCGGGGCCUGCCUGUCCCCCCCGGAGCUGGAGGACGCUGGGACAGAGCUGUGCCGGCUGGCCUCCAGGGCAGACGGCAGAGGCCUGCGGGCGUGGUGGCAGGCAGGGGCCGACCUGGGACAGCCGGGCUAUGAUGGGCGCAGCGCCCUGCUUGUUGCAGAAGCUGCUGGGAAUCUGGAGGUGGUGACCCUUCUGCAGAGUCUGCAGCGUGGGGCUGGUGUCCUGGCCCCCGGUCCAGAAGUGCUGCCUGGUGUCUGACCGGGAGCUGUCUUGUGGUGUCAGCCACCCCUUCCUACUGCGACCUGCUGGAGGGGCCACGGGCGCCCCGCCCCCGGGCCUCCAGCUGAGCACCCUUC